CCUUUCGAGUUUGAAAUGGAAGAAAAGUCCAAAUCGUGCAAUGCGUGUGACACAUGUUGCUCAUGCCAUUGUAUGUGCAUAUUGAACAAGUGGCGACAACAGCGGGAGUGGGAAUUGACAACUUUACUGAUUAAACCUAUGAGGGUAAGGGAACCAAUAAGUUCUCUUCUUAGACAGCAUUCAGUCCUCUCCUUUGUUGAGUAUCACUUGCAAUUGUAGUUGUGAGGGAGUACCUUCCUAGUUCCUAAGCAAACAAAGGGAGUCCUCAUUAGCAAAAACAGCACUAUCCAGUUAGGUUGUUGGGCUGAUGAAGUUUAUAGCUGUGCUACUUGUGACGGUGGUGAUCACAUUUGAGAUGGAUUGAAGCUGAAUAUCAUUUGUAAUGCAAGAAGCAUCUCCAUAAGUCUACGUUGUGAUUAAGAACACCAGUGUGCAAGAAUCUUGUUCAAUUGCAUUUGGCGAAUCCUUGGGGUGCCUCAGAUAAGAUGGACGGUGAAGAUAUAGUUUGUGAUAUCUGUGGGGAUGCAGGAAAUGAAGAGGAUCUUGCUAUUUGUAACAAGUGUACGGAUGGGGCAGAGCACAUUUAUUGUAUGCGUGAUAUGUUGGAGAAAGUUCCUGAAGGUGAUUGGUGGAUGUGUGAAGACUGCAAGAAGUCAGAAUGCAAAAAAUCCAAAAGUCAAGUAAAUCUUGAAUCUUCAAGUAGUGCAGAAUUAAACUCAAAAUCUUUCCAUGAUUGGAAAAGGCAAGCAAGUGUAAGUACUAGAUCUUAUUCAUCAGCUAACAGGCAUGGUGUCCAGUCAGAAGGCCAGUCUUUGAAGGAGGACAAAAUGAGUGCCAAAUCCUGCGACAACACCCCACUGCAGCAUAAGGACUCCUCAUACAAAACUUUUAAAGAUGGAAAAGCAAAAGAAACCAAAGAUACUACUUCUGAGCUCCAAAUUUCUUGCAAUCCUCAAGACAAAGUUAAAGCUUCUCAUGCUUUUAGUGACAAGAGAUGUGCAGACACCUUACAAGUUGAUUUAGAUAGAAAAACAAAGGCUCUUGAUACAAGUGCUGGACUCCCUAAUAAGUCAAAAUCACCCAAACGAUCUCCACUAGUUAGGGAAUCGCUGUCCGAAAACUUGGGGAAGGCAAAUGUGGAGCAAUCCUCCUGUGUUUAUCUGGAAAAACCCAAGUCACAUUCUCAUUCAGGCCCUCACUUGAUGUCCGGAUUGACUGGAGUUGUGGAUGUGAAAUUUGAAGGACAUCUGGACGAAGCUCGUUAUUUGCCAAUGAAAAAGCGAAAAAUUAGAGAUUUUGUGAGCAGUUCAGCAUUGGAUCUCAAUGUGAAUCUUCAAGGGGGCAUCAACAAGGUUGGAGCAACAGAUAUUCCUGAAUCUGAUGCUGUGGAUACAAGUUUUUCAGGUGACAAGGUUGAAGCACAUGGAAUUGGUGAAUCUGAUCUCGUUCUUGAUCUUAAUACUUCACUGUGGCCUGAAAGGGCAACCCCGGAAGUUGGCCCCUGUCUGCCUGUUGAGAAUGUGGAUGAUCAACCAAGCAAAGAUGUGAACGUCAAGAUGCCAACAGAAGAGAACAAAAAUGAUGACAAAGUUGAGCCACAUGAGGAAAAUCUGAACAACAAUACUGAGAGAAGUAAUACCGACAGACCUGAAUCCCUUGCUUCUCCAACAAGUGAUGAGGAACAUCUGAGCCUGUUUUAUUGGCAAGCUGUGGAAGUUUUAUCCUCUAAAUUUGGACUUUGAAUUGCACCAUGUCAAAAGCACUUGAACAUUGUUAUUCCUUUCUGCACACUGGCUCACCGUGAUAUUUAAGAUUUCCAGUUAUACAUACUCCAUAAAACAUUUGACUGUAGGAUGGAACAUGCUUCUUUGCGAUUCCCUUAGUUUGAUUUCCCUUAUUCUGGUUGUCGUCUCUUUCCAAGUAACAUUUGCAUGUGUUUUUUUUCUGUUGAGACAUUUUCUUUAUAAACAUUUUUGCCGGCAAAGAGUUCAAAUGAUUCUAUAACUCCAUUGUUUCAGUUUCUCAUGCUGAUUAAUCUGUUUAUUUUAGGAAAUUAUUGUCUGCUAGAAUCGUAGAUUUGGCUUUGGUGAAAGAUGUGUUCAUCAUAGUUUGAUUGGAACACUUGUAGCCGCCAGUUUGGCAUGUGCUAGAUUCUUUAAGUAUAUUAUGCGUUAUGAUUUCCAAAUAUAUAACUUUUGAGCGUUGCAGAAUGCAUGGAAUAAUCUCUAUAAAUACGAGUGUAGAAGUUGGUCCUGUAUUAGCUUUCUAUAGAUGAUUGAUCUAGAAUAUGAUACAACACAUGCUAUAUUCAUAACUUUUUUUCUUUUUCUUCUGGUGCAUCAAUUUGUUUCUUUUUUUCUAGUUAGUAGUACAAUUGGAGUGUGUAACUCUAAUAUCACUUGCUACUUUUUUUUUUCUUAUCUAUGAUUCUGUGACUACUUUUUAUAUGUGAUGAGUUUCAAAUCAUGAUUUUGUUAAAGGGUUAAAUUUGGACCUGGUUGUUUCCACGGCCAGUAUAAUUUUUCAUGACACAGCUAUGUUCUUAAAUUCUA